AUGCUGCUGCCGAUUUCACGCCUCAGUAUGAGUGCGUUGGCUCAGGUCUUCUCUCGAAAGCUCUAUUUUUCUGUUGUAUCAACAUCCAAUGCUCUGCACUUUAUUAGUUUGAGGCUUCUCUCGGCCAACACGUCCGAUUUUCACCCAUCCUUGCAUAGAGCUGAGGAGGAUGCUGGAUCAAAAUCGAAGAAUGAUUCAGGUUCAUGGUCUGGAAAAAAUGCGUGGAAAUUGGGUGCUUUAAGUAUAGCAGCAUCUGCUGCAUUUGCGGCAGGUUGUGGAAUCGCUGUUUGGGGACCACCCGGCAGGGAUGAGAAUGAUGUCGAGAGCAUUCGGGAUCCUAUCAGCGAAAAACUUCUCCCUGACCCAGUUGAGCCUCCUUAUUAUCAACCGCCAUAUACUAUUGUUUUGGAAAUAAAUGACGUACUGGUUCAUCCAGAUUGGAAGACUGGUAUGCCGGUAUUGUCGCAAAUCGACUCAAAAGGGCAGUAUAUCCAUUACCGUCUUUUUCGUGAAUCAACUCGUUACCGUAAAGGCAAGCAUAUCAAAGAUCUUUCUUGCUUAAAUCGAGAUCUUUCACGGGUCAUUUUGAUCGAUUGGAAUCCUGAUGCUGCUUCGAUGCAGCCGCGGAAUGCCUUCAUCAUUAACCGUUGGACCGGUGACGAUUCGGAUAGGGAGCUCAUUGAUUUGGUUGCUUUUCUUCGAAUGAUUGCUAUGAGUGGAGUGAAAGAUGUGCGUCCCGUGCUGGAUCACUAUCGCCAGUUUGACGAUCCGCUUGCCGCUUUUAAGGAGAAGCACGAGCAGCUCAUGGAAGCUCAAGCAAGAAAGAAGGAGCAGGAGAGGAUGGCUGCAAAGAAAAGGUCGUUUGGCUUCAGUUCAUUCAGUGGAUUCCGUCGAUGA